AUGAAAGUGGUACGUAAAACCCCAGAAUUUUCGAAAAAAGUCAAAAUUUCGUGCAUUUACAAAUUUUUGGUGGUUGGCAACCCCCAAAAAUUGGUACCCUUUUUAACAGUGAAGGAGAAGAGCUGGAGCGAGAGAUAUCAAGCCUCAAACGAGAGCGAUCGAACCUACAGCGAAUGGCAGCUAGCUUACAAAGAGUGGGAGCGAGUCGACAGCGAGAUAAAGAAGCUACCCAAGAUAGACUCGAUAAUACAUUUGCCGAUCGAUAAAAAUCAAAUCCAAAAUUUGAUUGACGCGUACCAGCUGAACGAAAAGAGAGCAUGCGCUGAAUCCCAGCGUAAUAUGGGUUAUGCAACGGCGGCGGCGUCGUUGGAGAAAUAUCUAUGGAAGAAAGUGGAAGUGGAUAUGAUCUCGGAGAUGUACGAACGGCACCGGGUGGAGCUGGGCCGUGUCCGGUCAGAACGCCAGCGCUACCAGACCGAGUAUUUACAUUUACAAAAGGAAGAAAUGGACCGGUUGGCCGCCCGCAUCGUCAACUACCAGCAGGAUCGGCACGAGUGGACCAAGGAAGAGCAGGACAAGUUGGACAUGAAACGGCGGAUCGCUCUGAUGACCAAGACCAGCAGCGACCAGCAGGAACGCUGCCAAAUAGAGAUGGAGCGACUCCGCUGUGAAAACGAGAAAGUCAAGGACAAGUACAACAGCUCGCAGACGGAUUUGGUGCGGAUAACGCAGAAGCUGGAACAGGAGGAGCAGGACAAGGAAAAACUCAAAGUCAAGUUCCAGGAGAGCAGCCAGGCUUCGCAGAAAGAGUUGGAUCGAUUGGUGGAGGAGCGCGAGAAAUUGGCCAAGGAGAUCCUGACGACCAAGACGGAAAACGAGCGGUUGCGUAAAGAGCUCGAGUCCAGCCAGCAAGGAGCCAAAGAGGAGGUGAUCAAGUUGCAGAACAUAAUCGUUUCUAUGCAAAACGAGCUGGACCGGCUCAACGUCGAGUGGGAGAAAACGCUCUCAGCCUACAUUAUGUCGCAUGGUAAAGAAGCAGCAGUUAGAGAUUAA